UACAAAUUUUAAAAUUAACAGCUGAUCGGACUUUGGACCUUGGACCAAUCUUGACUGACGGUUCUCGAUUCUUUUUGUGGACAACAGAUACUGAGUAAAGAAUUAGAAUGAGUGCCAAUGCUUUAUAGAGAAAUAUCUCAUUAAUGUCAUAACACACGAAACAGGCUAAAAAAGUUUGGGAAACAUCUGGAAAAAAGGGCUAAUAAUAACAUAAAAUUGACAUAAAUUACCAUGGCCGAGAAAAUAUUAAAGUACUUACAUGAUAAUGGGGAGGCAAGCACCUUAAAGUUAGCAGAACUUUUCAACGAAGCCCAUCAGAAAAUUAUUGGGACCCUAAAGAGUAUACAAGCAAAUGGAGAUUUGGUAACAGCUGAGCCUGUUAGUGAGAAGAAUAUUGAACUUACUGACGAGGGCAAGCUGGUAGCCAAAGAAGGUAGUCAUGAGGCAAAUCUGUACAAAGCAGUUCCAGAAAGUGGAAUUGCCCAAGCUGAACUCAUGAAAUUUCCAAAUGCUAAAGUUGGAUUUAGCAAAGCCAUGUCCAAUGGUUGGAUAUUUGUUGAUAAAGCGGUUAACCCCCCAUUAGUGAAAAGAAAAGUACCAAAUAUAACAGAUUUAGUUCAAGACCAUUUAAAACUGGUGGAUGUAGGAAAACAUUCAGAAUUAACUGAUAAAGAAAAGGCAGAAUAUAAAAAACGAAAACUUAUACAAGAGGCAGUUAUCAAGAGCUUUCUGUUGAAAAAAGGCCCCGAAUUUAACUUGAGCUUAAAUAAAUUAGAAACAGACCUGACUGCUGACAUGUUGACUAGUGGAAAUUGGAAAAAUUUGAAAUUCAAAUCAUACAAUUUCGAUGCCCUUGGCGCUCCUCCUACUUCGGGUUUUCUUCAUCCCCUAUUAAAGGUCAGGGCAGAAUUCAGACAAAUUUUCUUAGAAAUGGGCUUCUCUGAAAUGCCUACUAACAAUUAUGUGGAAAGCUCUUUCUGGAAUUUUGAUGCUUUGUUCCAACCCCAGCAGCAUCCCGCCAGAGAUGCACAUGACACUUUCUUCGUGUCUGAUCCACAGUACAGCAAUAAGUUUCCUGAAGAUUAUUUGCAAAGGGUAAAAACUGUACAUAGUAAAGGAGGAUAUGGAUCACAAGGUUAUCGUUAUGACUGGAAAUUAAAAGAAGCGCAGAAAAAUCUUCUUAGAACUCAUACCACUGCAGUAAGCGCUAGAAUGUUAUAUAAGGCAGCCCAAGAAAAAGAAUUUAAACCAUUGAAAUUAUUCAGUAUUGACAAGGUUUUCAGGAAUGAAACCUUAGAUGCCACCCAUUUAGCUGAAUUUCACCAAGUGGAAGGUGUCAUAGCCGACUACGGUCUAACCUUAGGGGAUCUCAUAGGGGUUUUUGCAGAAUUCUUUAAAAAAUUAGGCAUAACAGAAUUAGAAUUUAAGCCGGCUUAUAACCCCUACACCGAGCCGAGCAUGGAAAUUUUCUGUUUCCACCCUGGACUGGGAAAAUGGAUAGAAAUCGGAAAUUCGGGAGUUUUCCGGCCGGAAAUGCUGAGACCUAUGGGAAUUCCCGAGGGAGUCACGGUUAUCGCAUGGGGCCUUUCAUUAGAGAGGCCUACGAUGAUUAAAUAUGGCUUUAAUAAUAUUAGGGAUUUAGUUGGGCCAAAGGUGGAUCUAGAAAUGGUACAGAAAAGUCCAAUUUGUCGGCUGAAUAAGUAAGGGAUUUUGUAAUCGUGUAUUUGUAAGCUUAAAAAUUGGUUUAUUUAUGAAAAUAAAAUUUUGAUAAACGUUUGA